CUUAUACAGUCUGACCAGCAGUAAUGCACUCUCAAACUAUUAUUACGGUGCUGCUAAGGGUUCUUUGUAUAUGAACUACUUUGAUUUCCUAUAAAAUCUUCUUUGCAAAAGAGAAUUGCCAAGAUCCUUUACAUCAAGUCAAAGUUUAUUCAACCUUUUAAGCUCAUACAUUUUUUUCUUUUUUACAAUUACGUUUCUUUAUGGAACCAUAUGUGGCUCUUGUGUGUAGUUUCCUUUAAAGAAAUUUAUUUUUAUUUUUUAAGAGUAUGCUGACAGGAGAGCAAACUAUUUAGAAAUUACAUGGGAAUUACUUGCCCUGUGCAGGCUUAAGCAGUAGAUGACGCUAUUGGUCUUUGGUCCUGUUUCUCUCUUUCACCAACUCCCCACCCAUCCACCCACCAACCCCCAACCGUGUCCCCUUUACCAACUUAUCAAAUGUUUUGCCCACCUCCAUCAAUAACCUGCUGGUACGAUCUAACCAAAUUUAUGACUGGACGAUACGCGCACGUGAUCUCCUUAAAACGAUCCAUAUUUGGGCAAAAGAGAAAAAGCCUUCAUCUAUAAAUCCAGCUGGUUUUAGCGUAUAAAGCCCUCGUGUUCAAAAAGAGCCACAAAUCAAACAUUAUAACAACAAAUGCAAUAACGCUGUCAAACUGCCAACUAUUACCAACUACAAACUACAACUACAUACUUCCGCACGCACUUAUUCAGCUGCAUAAAUGUUCCUUUUCUGCUACGCUUCGACCACGAGAUGAUGACUUCUUACGUUUCCGGCUCGUGGUUCGACAAAUCAAGUCAUGCAUCGUCCUCCUUUUCUCAUGGUUCCUCGUCACCUCUCUGUGGAUUCGGUUCUGCUGAGAACCGCUGUGGCUCCUUCAAGUUCAGGGAAGAGUGGAGCUUCAAGCCCCCGGAGGACAUGGGCUCCGGUCGGCCGGGCAGCACGAGCCGCGAGCCGCCCAUCGAGGCUCCAAGUGUCCCACGUCUCAGCACUCUUAGCCUGGAAUGUGGGAAAGCCCAGGGAAGAACCAAACGCGUGUUGGAAAACGAACCAGGACCGUCCCGAUCCGCCCAGGCGACGUGUGAAGCUCGUCAGGCACCACUGAGCUCCCAACAGCCCCAGAUUUACCCCUGGAUGACUAAACUACACAUGAGCCACGAAUCGGAUGGGAAACGUCCGAGGACGAGUUACACGCGAUACCAAACCCUGGAACUGGAAAAAGAGUUCCAUUUCAACCGAUAUCUCACUCGUCGAAGGCGCCUCGAGAUCGCCCACACCCUGUGUCUGAAUGAAAGGCAGAUCAAAAUCUGGUUUCAGAAUCGUCGCAUGAAGUGGAAGAAGGAUUCCAAGCCAAAAGUUAAACAGCCGUUCUGAGUGGACAGAGUUUAUCACAGCUUCCAAUUCGAGAAUAAAUGUGCUUAUGUGGAUUUAAAUGUCUUAUAUGUGUUUGUUUGUAUGUAUUAUCUUUGAUUUGUGUACUAUUGGGGUGAAAAAUAGCACUGAAGUAGUAAAUCUUUGCUGUAAAACCUCAUUCAAGGUUUCCUUAUCAGACACAUUACAAUAAUGGGGAAAAAUUGAAAUAAAAGGCAAUGUAAAAUA